AUGGCAGGGACUCGGGCGAACACCCUUCAAGCAGCGAACUGGCUGGCCCAGAUCAAUGCCCGUGAAACCAGAACCUGCGCCGUAACUACAGAGACAUUCGUUGCAAAAGGGCAAUGCACCAAGGUUCGACCGUCUGCUGGUACAUAUCGCGCAUGUCUUGAUGUCAAUAAGCCUCGUCCGAGCCUUCCGAAUCUACUGAUUGAUCUCAGUGAGGAAACAGCUCUGAACAAUGUCGGGCUGGAACUUGUGAAUCUUGCUAAUGUUGCGGAUUCGUCUCAGAGCCGUUCCAAGGUUGUUGCGGAGGAUGCUGAGGACUUCGGGGACUUUGUCUCGGCGGAUGCUCCUCCCUUUGAUAUGGGAGACCUCCUUCUCGUCGAUAUGGGGGGAGCCUCCGAAGGACACUGCCCGUUCGGAGACCAUGCUGAAAUCACGAACGGAGGACGCGCUGAUAACGACUUUGAGGAAGACUUCGGUGACUUCAUCUCACCGCCGGAUAGUCAAAACCCACCAGCUGUGGCUCUCGACUUCCUUAACGAUAACCCAUUCGGAGACCAUGCUGGAAUCGCUCAAGAAGGGUGCGAUAGCGAUAACUCUGGGGCGGAGUUCGGCGACUUCUUAUCCGCGGUCGCGUCUGAUCCAGCAGCUUGCUCGCACCUGACCAAGCCAGAUGAUUCCAACACUGCCUCAAUGAAUCCAUUCAUGGAUGCUAUCUAUGCGCUCCACGCUGAAGAAGACGGAGGUAUUAGCGCCCUGCUCUCCGAGGCUAACUUCGCUUCGGUCCACAAUCCGGAUCAGAAGGUUUUGAGCCGUCCUGAUGACAAACCGCAGCCAAAGGUCAGAAACUCCCAGUCAGUCAACGUUAGCGCUAUUCGCCAUGGUCUCAAGAACCUCCUUGGUGUCGAACACCUCGGUGGUCACGGCCAAAAUGUGGUCCAGAGUGCUAAGACGGCAGAAACGCGCAAGACUGGGCGGCGCUGGGGCGAGUAUCUGAACAAGGUGCGUGGCAAGAAUGGCGACCAUGCAGAGCCUAAGGAACAGCCUAAAACCCAGAACUGGUCUCCGAAGCCUCGCGAGCAAGUCUUCGUCGCGAAACAUUCGAUGACUGAACGUAUCGUUUGCGCAAGUCCGGUUCUCGAGCAGUGGCCACAGGAGGAGAAAAGUCCCGCUGUUCAUGAUCUCGCAAUUGCUGUUGAUAUAGGUGUACGGCACGCCUUUGCGGAGGUUGAGGGCUUCAUGCAGGCGGAGCUGGAUGGGUGGCGUGAAGAAGACCCAAGGGUAAUUGUAUGCGCUAAGGUUCUUCUGAGUUACACCAAAUCGAGGUCAGAAUGGCGUUAUUUUCGCCUCCGAAGCGAGUAUCCGUGGGCGGGCAUGGGCAAGUUGGUCAUGCUCCUACUCCAAGCUCACGGCAGAGUGCAAACGCCCCGUGACGUCAACGAGCAAACGGUCUUGCGAAAAUCUAAGAAAGGAGGCAACUACUGUGCAGAAAGGUACCGUAAACUUGCGUUCCAUCACUGGUAUCACCAAAGUACAAUGUCCGCCUGGGACAGGGAGCAAGAGAUGGAUUCGACUCACAAACGGAGUCACUCAAAGGCGGAAGAACGUGCUCUGCGCGCCACAAGAGACUCUUUCGCUGACUCGGAAGCUGAAGACAAUGUUGACGCUACCAGUACCCCUCGAAGUCUAAGCAAAAAGGCCAGACUUGCUGCCCAGAGGAGAUUCGAAAUCCUUUCGGCGGGUUCCGCCAGCAAAAACAAAAUAGCUUCUCCAUCUACUCCGAAAAAGGUCUCCAAUCCCCCGCCCGAACAUCCGUCGUCUCCGAAGCUCUCGGACUACGACGCUGACUGGAAGCCUCCAGCAGAGACACACCUGCUCAUCGCACAUCGGCUCGCAGGGAUGAUCAACAUGAAUCUGCUCGAAACGGAGACAUACAUUAGCCCCAAACAAGUACAAGUGAUGUGCAAGUCUUUUACACUCUCCGAGAUAACUUCUCACUUUAACAAGAAGGGGUAUCCUUACUGGUUACCAGCUUUGGAUGCCAUUAUCCGGGACCCAACCACCGUUCGUUUGAUACCCCAGACGCCGCAGGAGGGGCAACAAUUGACUCCAAAGCAACACAGGAAGGAAACGGAGGUUACUGGUGCUAAGAAAACUGGGAAGGAGAAGGCAAAUUUUUCACAUUUUGCGAGGUUGGCGAGGCUGAAGAGUGAGGUGUGGGAGAAGCGCGUCUCUAGCGGUGUGAGGGACCAGCGGAAGGCAAAGGCCGAGGAAGAGGGCCAGACAAAGCAUGAUGAGGAGGAUGUCGAUUUGGAUGAUACUCGUGUCUAG